CGAGAGCUACAGAGGCUGUGGACAUGGACAGUUUGUGUGGACUUCUAACUGACUUUUUUUAGCACUAUAUGAAAGUACUUCCGAGGAGAAACACAAGAAACGUUUAUGCACGUGUCAAAGUGCCAGCUUUUAGAGUACUUCAUGAAGCCGCGAGGCUCGUGAAGAGGCAGGUUUCACUAUGACAGAGCGGACUCCUCUCCUCCACUACCGCCUCUCCACCAGCGUCAAUGAAUCCGAGCCGCGGUCCCCUCCGGCCGGCCGGGCCCUGGUGCAGCACCCGGGCCCGGCCGGCCGGAAGUCUGCCCUGCAGGGGCAACCUAAGAAACUCUCCAUCUUCUUCGGUGUGGUGAUCCCGACCCUGCUGUCGAUGUUCAGCGUGGUAGUGUUCCUCCGCAUAGGGUUCAUGGUGGGCCAUUCCGGACUGUACCAAGCCAUUGCCAUGCUGCUGGUGGCCUACUUCAUCAUCUGCAUGACCGUGCUGUCGGUCUGCGCCAUCUCCACCAACGGAGCCCUGGAUGCUGGAGGGGCCUAUUACAUGAUCAGCAGAGCGCUGGGUCCGGAGUUCGGGGGCAGCAUCGGCAUCAUGUUCUUCCUGGCCAACGUGUGCGGCUGCGCUCUCUUCGUGCUCGGGCUGGUCGAAGCCAUCGUGGCCACCUUCGGAGUGCCAGAAGCCGGGUCUCAGCUCACUUCUCCCUACCAGGUCCUGCCGUCGGGCUACUGGUGGUCUCUGCUUUACGGCACGGGUGUCGCCCUGCUGUGCCUGCUGGUGUGCCUGGUGGGAGCCCACAUCUACGCCAAGGCCACCUUCCUCAUCUUCCUGGUGGUCAUGUUCGUCCUGGGCACCGUCUUCGUCAGCUUCUUCGCCGUAGGCCCGCGCACCAUCGUGCUGCCCAGCUCUGCCGCGUUCAACCCGACGGCCAACGGGACGGGCCCGCCGUUCCCCACCACCGGCAACUUCACCGGCUUCAAGUUGGACACGCUGCUGGGGAACCUGUAUGCUGACUACACCGUGGAUUACACAACCAACACCGUGAUGACCUUUGCCACCGUCUUCGCCGUCAUUUUUAACGGCUGCACCGGCAUCAUGGCCGGCUCCAAUAUGUCAGGUGACCUGAAGAACCCGAGCUACUCCAUCCCCCGGGGAACCAUCACAGCCGUCAUCUUCACCUUCAUCAUCUACAACCUGCUCAGCAUACUGGUGGCCUGCUCCUGUGACCGGGUCCUUCUUCAGAGGGAUUACAGCUUCCUGAGAGACAUCAACAUCUGGAACCCCUUCGUCACCAUCGGGGUUUAUUCCUCCACCCUCUCCGCCGCCAUGAGCAACCUCAUCGGAGCCUCGCGCAUCCUCUACGCCCUGGCCAGAGACGACUUGUUCGGUAAGGUGCUCUCUCCGGCGAAGAAGACGUCCCACAGCGGUAACCCCUGGGUGUCGGUGCUCCUCUCCUGGUUCCUUGUGCAGCUGGUGCUUUUCUCCGGGAAGCUCAACACCAUCGCCAGCAUCGUGGCCAUCUUCUUCCUGUUGGUGUACGCGGCCGUGGACUUGGCCUGCCUCGCUCUGGAAUGGGCCUCCGCACCUAAUUUCAGGCCCACCUUCCGUUACUUCACCUGGCACACCUGCGCACUGGGCAUCGUGGGCUGCGCCGUCAUGAUGUUCCUCAUCAACGCCAUCUACGCCUCGGCCAGCAUCGCCUUCAUGCUGCUGCUGCUGCUGCUGAUUCACUACCUCAGCCCCACCUCCAGCUGGGGCUACAUCAGCCAGGCGCUCAUCUUCCACCAGGUCCGCAAGUACCUGCUGAUGCUGGACGUGAGGAAGGACCACGUGAAGUUCUGGAGGCCUCAGGUCCUGCUGAUGGUCUCCAACCCUCGCAGCAGUGUGGGCCUCAUCAAAUUCAUCAACGACAUCAAGAAGAGCGGCCUCUACGUGUUGGGACACGUCCAGCUUGGAGAUCUCAACACUUUACCAUCGGACCCCCUGCAGUCCCAGUACGACUCCUGGUUGUCGCUGGUGGACCAUCUAAACAUCAAGUCUUUUGUCAACUUGACGUUGGCCGAUUCUGUGCGUCACGGGGUCCAGCAUCUGCUCUUCAUCUCUGGACUAGGUGGGAUGCGUCCCAACAUCCUCGUCCUGGGUUUCUAUGAUGACUGUCUUCCAAAGGACAAGCUGAUUGAUCCGUCUCUCUCCACCGCUCAGUCCACAGAUCCCUCGGACUCCCUGCAGGAGACCGAACCGCAGCCCCCUCUCUUCCUCUUCUCCUCCCUGCGGGGGUCCAGCGACCGGCAGGAUUGUGGCGAGUUUGGUGACGGGAAGGUCCUGGGACCCCGAGAGUACGUAGCGAUCAUCGCCGACGCCAUGAAGAUGCUGAAGAACGUGGUGCUCGCCCGAUACUUCAACGGCUUUGACCGAGCCCGGGUCCUCUCGCCACCCUCCUCCUCCUCUGCAGUGUACGUGGACGUCUGGCCCGUCAACCUGCUGCGCCCGGACAGCUGCAGCUACGUGGACACCUGCUCGCUGUUCCUGCUGCAGCUGGCAUGCAUCCUCAACAUGGUGAGGGCGUGGCGCCGGGCGACGCUCCGCCUCUUCCUGUGCGUGGAGGAAGGACGGAGCGUGAGGGCCUCGGAGGAGAAGCUGGGCCAGCUGCUGAAGGAGCUGCGGAUCAAAGCUCAGGUGUACUCGGUGCCCUGGGACCAGCAGGUGGCGCUCCACUGGCAGCGCCAGGGCGAGUGGGGCAAGAAGCCACCGCCGCAAUCCCCCGACAACACCACCACCGACGAGGAAGAGGAGAAACAGAGAGCAGACGAGCACGAGGAGGAGAACGACGACAACUACGUCAACAGCUUCCCGAGCAAUGCCACGCGCCUCUCGGACAACUACCUGUCAGCCGUCAACAAGCUGAUCCUGGACUCGGCCCGGCCCGCUCCCGCCGUGCGGUUCCUGUACUUGCCCCGCCCGCCGGCUGACACCCGCCGCUACACCACCUACUUAGACCAGCUGGAGCUGCUGACUCGGGACCUGGGCCCCACGCUGCUCAUCCACGGGGUCACGCCCGUCAUCACCACCGACCUCUGAAGAGUCAGCAGGAGGAUCUCGGUGAAGGUUUGUGGACCACUGACUGGUGUUACCAUCAAACUUCUGAAGUUCAGCCUUCACUAGUUUAAUCAUAAAACAAUCAGAAUGAUCAGGCUGAUUGAAUGUAUGUAAGUUAAGUUUUUUCAGACAUGUACGACCAGCAGUAUCAAAUGUUCACACCCACCGGGGUAAAUUUACUCCCUCGUCCGUGUCUUCGAUAGAGACAGCGGACUAAUUCCCGAUACAUUCCAAACCUGAAUAUGAAUAUUGAUAGUUAAAAGUUUAUUCUUCGUUGUUUGAGCUUUGUAGUAAAGAAGUAGUUUCUCAGUUUUGUCUUGAGGUAGAAACUCACGUUGCAUAAGAAUUGUUUUUAAUUUACCCCCCUUUUGUUCCUCUCAUGAGUUGUUUUCUCGGUGUGCUGCGGCUCAAACUCCUUAAAAUGACAAUUCCAUACGCCUCCAGACCAAAAAGAGAAGUGCCUCGCUAUUUAGAGAGCUAAAGUUUGGAUGCGUUACAUCGUUGACAGAAAGUUGGACUGCGUUACACCUCGGAGCAGUCGUCUGCAGGAAAUCUGCUUUUUACCAUUUUAGGAGCUUUGGGUAAAACAAUAACAACGACGGUGCUACUAUAGAAGUCUCAAGACGUUUCACUCCAAACAUGAUUUCAUGUGGGAUCUCAGGAAGACGUUCCGUUUUGCUUUUAUUUUUCCCCCAAAUGCACUUUUCUUUCUUCUUCCUGGACCAAACUGCAAGCUCUGCAAAAAACUCCUUAAACAUGUUUACAGUGCCAAUAACUGAUUAUACACAUCAUGUAUUUUAGGUGCUUUAGAAUAGUUUUUACUCACUCGUGACACCAGCCUCAGUGAUGAACUGCCUGAGUUCAUUGUAAUAUUUGCCUUUACACAAAAUGUUUAAAGUGAAGCCAACAACAUAGUUUACCAGCAACACAAAGAGGAGUCCGUAAAGAGCUGACUCAGCGAUGUCAACAGAUGCUAACAUCAGCUAACAAUAGCUUGGUGAAGCUGCUGGUCAUACCAGACCACAUUAGGCUUUAUUAACUGAGAGAAGCUCUGUGCACAGUGUGAGACUGUGUUCUUCUGUUAAAAGUUACAUAGUCUCACUUUAAGCUUUAAAUAGCAUUUUGUGGCAAAUUAGUAAUUUUAUUCCGUGAUGCAAUCUGUAACCUCUGAGGCCGUGUUUGCACGGCUUUACUCAACUUUUAUGGUUCUUCUUUUGUUAAAUUUGCUAAUAGUGCCGGCUACUUAGACACUGCAGACCACCGAUUGGUCAAAGAGUGCGGGACAUCCUGCACAAACCUCCAUUUUUUAAAUAGCUGCAAGUUUUUAUUUUAUUUUCUAUUCUCUCAACACAGAUUUUUUUUUUUAAAUGUCAGCCUGCAAAAAAAAAAGGUAUGCGGUACGAUAGGCGCGAGGCGUUAAAGAUAAACGUCCCGGCAGUUUCACGCUUUGAUGAUCAGCUUAGAAAUAAUAGAAACAGAAGCCGGCAUCCAAACACGAGCAGAGUCGACUCACGCAGUGGAGAUGAAGCGUGAGGUCGAUGUUGCAGGUUUAUUAUAACAAACGUCUCCGAUUCUCUCCGCUGAAGAAGCGCCCUGACAAUCUGAGCUCCGUGUCUGAAGGAAAGGCUGGUUCCAUGUUUACGUGUGGAGCUUUUAUUUGAUUUGA